AUGCAACAUCGGCAAGAGAAGCGACAAGACGAGCGCUCAUCUGCGCCUCCGCAUAUCAAACCCACGCUUCUUGAUAACCCCAUACUUCCCGAAAUAAUCGACUUCGGAUCACGAUAUGCGUUCGUCAAAUAUGACGAGCCAUCAAAUGCCCACUUAGAUCAAGGGGGCAUUGAAAGAGGAGUUCCUGGAACUCGCAGCAACCACCAAAGUGUCCCGUCGGAAAUUGACAAAGGUGAAACGGAGCAGAGAAACGUCGGAACCCUACGAAGACGUCUCAAGUCACGACACGUUCAAUUUCUCGCCCUUUCUGGGGCUAUUGGGACAGGUUUAUUUGUUGGGGCGGGCCAAGUCCUGUCCCUUGCUGGGCCAUUAUCCGCAGUUCUAGCCUAUUCAAUCACGGGGCUCAACCUUUACGCGGUGAUCAACAGUAUGGGCGAGAUGGCAACAUGGCUUCCACUUCCAGGUGCUGUCCCUGUCUACGCAUCUCGAUUUGUUGACGAAGCUCUUGGGUUUACUCUUGGGUGGAAUUACUGGUACCAAUUUGCCAUUGACGUACCGAUCGAAAUCAGCGCUGCUGCACUUAUCACCGUUCUUUAUGUCCUUAUAUUUGUCAUUAAUACCUUGCCAGUGCGGGUUUACGGUGAAGUGGAGUUUUUUCUGGGCUCAAUCAAGCUUACCACCAUUGCAGGAUUGAUGCUGCUAAUGCUCAUCAUUACCCUCGGUGGGACGCCUACACAUGACCGGGUUGGAUUUCGUUUCUGGGUUCAUCCGGGUCCUAUGAACGAGUAUCUCAAGACGGGAUCUCUUGGACGCUUUUUGGCUUUCUGGAAAGUUUUCAUUCAGGCAACAUUCAGCUAUGGAGGCAGCGAGAUGGUGGUUGUGGCAGCAGGAGAAACCGAAAAUCCCCGACGCAAUAUCCCAAAGGCCGUGCGUCGUGUUUUCUGGCGAAUUGCCAUAUUCUAUGUCGGAAGCGUGUUCUUGGUUGGUCUUUGUGUUUCAUCCCGAGACCCGCGACUGCUCAAUGCCAUUGACGCUGGUGAUUCGGGUGCUGGGGCUAGUCCGUUCGUUAUUGCAAUUGUCAACGGUGGCAUAAGUGUUUUACCCUCCAUCAUAAACGCAGUGAUUGUGACAUCGGCCUUAUCUGCCGGCAACUCCUUUUUCUACGCGUCUACACGUAUUCUGUACGCCACUGCUUUGGACGGCAAAGCGCCCCGUAUUCUUUGCUACGAAAAAUUCGGGGUACCAUACGCAUGUGUCGCUGUCACUGCUGCACUCAGUCUACUGGUAUACCUCAAUGUCUCAGCAAGCUCAGCUGAAGUUUUCUUUUGGAUUAGCAAUUUGAGCUCUGUCAGCACACUGAUCGUGUGGUCCUCGCUCUCUAUUACUUAUAUUCGUUUCUAUCGAGAAUUGAAAUACCAUGGCGUCCCGCGGUCUUCGCUACCCUUCAAAUCACCAUUCCAGCCGUUUAUGGCCUGGUUUGAUUUGAUAUUCUCAUCGACUGUGGCAUUCUUUAACGGCUUCGAUGCGUUCUUUCCGGGACAUUUCAGCGCCAAGAGUUUUAUUCCACCAUACAUCGACAUUCCUAUUUUUGCAUGUCUCUUCUUGGGUUAUAAGAUAGUCAAACGGACGAAGUUUGUGAAUAUUGAAGAAAUGGAUCUUUGGUCCGGCAAAGAAGAGGCCGAUCAGCUUGAAUGUGAAUGGGAGGAGCCAAAGCCUCGCCACUUUUUGGAGCGAAUCUGGUUUUGGGUUGCUUAG